GGCAGACGGCAACUUUGAAAAGAGGUUUGACGAGAGCGCAGCAGCUGUGAGUGUACUGAGGGGAAAGUAGCUUUGAACUUUCUCAAACUGUGAACGCAAGAGGGAACAUGGUGCUGCAAAUAGAGAGCAGCUUGUCGCGGGAGACCACAGAUACGGAGGAGAACGAGCUGAUGGCGUGCAGCCCGGUGCCGCCGAAACCGGACUGGUGCAAGACAGCCACCGGCCACAUUAAACGACCCAUGAACGCCUUUAUGGUGUGGUCCAAGAUUGAGAGGAGAAAAAUUAUGGAGCAGUCGCCGGACAUGCACAAUGCUGAGAUUUCCAAAAGGCUGGGAAAGCGCUGGAAAAUGCUGAAGGACAGUGAAAAGAUUCCUUUUAUCCGGGAAGCCGAGCGGCUGCGUCUCCAACACAUGGCUGACUACCCCGACUACAAAUACAGACCCAAAAAGAAGCCAAAGCUCGACGGUUCUUCGAAACCCGCGGUGCAGUCGCCGGAGAAGAUCAGCAAAAUUGUCAAAGCCGCAGCAAAGAAGUGCACGAAACUCAAGCCGAGCAAACCAGUACACAUCAGAGCGAGAGCCCCCUCACAAGACUGUAGAUUCAACUAUGUUUUCACAAACUUAAAAGUGACCAAGCCUAUUAAAAGGGAACUUACUGAUGAUGAAGAUGACGACGAUGAUGCUGACGACGACGAGGAGGAUGACUACGAGGACGAGGAGCACGUCAGACUGCACAACGUCCCAGCGAGCCCCACUCUGAGUUCCGCCGCCGAGUCGGAAGGCGCGAGCAUGUACGAGGAGUCCACGCACACGAGCGGCAGCAGACUGUUUUAUAACUUCAAGAACAUUACUAAGCAGAGCGCAGCGUACCCUGCCUCGGUCUCACCAGCAUCCUCUUUCAGGUCCGUCUCCUCCUCGUCCAGCAGCUCCAGCGAGGACUCUGACGACUUGCUGGUGGACUUCAGUUUGAACUUAGCGGCGGGCUCUCACGGAGCGGACCUGGGGAACACUUCAGGAAACCUUUGUCUUUCUCUGGUGGAUAAAGAUUUGGACUCGUUCAGCGAGGGCAGCCUCGGUUCUCACUUUGAGUUCCCGGACUAUUGCACUCCUGAGCUCAGUGAGAUGAUCGCGGGGGACUGGCUCGAGGCGAACUUUUCAGAUCUGGUUUUCACGUACUAACAAACAAACUCUCGGUGUCCUCCGGCAACUGAGGCAUCACGCAUCUUCAGGUUAUUUUUUUGACUCUGCCUCUGUGGUUUUUUCCUGGUUCGGCGUAAAGACAGCGGAACUUACGUUAUUAUGAGACUGACUGGUAACGUAGCAAAAAUGUGACGGGGUUGUGUGUGGUUAUUCUGUGGGGCUGCAGUGAAACUGCUUGCAUUUAGAUGGAGCGCAAAAUGUAAAAUCUAAACUAUGCAUUCCCAUCCCACUCAUAUCUCCACAGGAAGCUGGCUAACGGCUGUUGGACCGAACAGAGGCAGUUCUGAAACACUGUUCAGGAUGCAACUUUUUUUCCGAGGUCUUAUGUAAACUCUGUAUGCUACAAAUGUGUGUUUUGUUUUUUUGUUUUUUUUCUCUUCCCCAAGUAUGGGAAUAUUUAAGCAGAUAAUUGCUCUAGAACACAGGUAUGGCAGGAAGCAUUUUGAUACAUAACCAACAACAUACCUCAUCUUUUUAGAAAAAGUAAAAUAUUUUCUGGCAUAUUUUUGUACAGUUAAAUGGAAUGUUCUUACUGUGCUUUAAGUGAGGUUUCUUCAGGCACUUCAACCUGGUUUCAUUUGUAAAAGCAUGCAAGCAUUAAACUGAGAAGUCAACUUGCAUUUAAAUGCCUGGUUAUGAUUUUACUCGAGGCAAAUGUACAGCUGUAGAUCUGAAGCGUUUUUAUAGGGAGAUGUACAGUGGAAUUGGGGGGAACACAAACAUGAACCUCAUUUCUGGUACUAGAUUGAAGAUUGUAUAUGUUCUGUAAUAUAGUAAAGUUAGGAGUAUAUGUAUAUCUGUGUGAAUGGGUCCCAAACAGCAGGUGUAAAACUGGAUUUUGUUUUGCAUUUUUUAUUAUCUUAAUGGCACAUUUGUUUUUCAUUGUUUUUGUGCAAUAUACUCUCAAAAUGGACCAUCUGCGUUUUGUAGCAAAGGAAAUGAGUUACAUGUCGUCAUUCUGAAGUCUGUAUCUGACACGAAUAAAUCAGCUGGAACUGAUAAGAAAAU